UUUAGAUCUGGAGGAUUGCUUGCUCCACUUCUGGGAGUCGCCUAUGAGAGAGAAAGCUAGGGUUCAUCCAUCCUUUUCAUGGUGGGAAGGGGAAAUUCGUGGGGAUCCUAGAUCGUUUGCUCAAGUUGUUUCAUCUCCUCCCACCAAGCCUGCAGUAGAUCCCAACUUCGAUCCACCUAAGAUGAGGGAAGAAGGGUUUGGUGCUAGCCGCCAUGGCCACGACGUGGGCCGCUUCAACCGUGGCGAGGGGCGCGGUCAUGGGGAUGGAGGCGGUCACGGGCGCGCGGGAGGCGGCAGUGGGGGGAGUGGGCAUGGCCGGGAGAGCCAUGUCUGGACUCGCAAGACGGCCGGGGCCUCCUCCUCCAACGUCCCGUCCAGAUCUGAUGAGACGGGAUUCGAACGAUGGGAGAAAGCUGCGGGGGCCAGCCAAGAUGCCCUUUCUCAUCAGGAGUGCUGGGGCUUUGAUGGGGGUGACAAGUCUCUCCACAACUCCGACAACUCUGCGCCUCAUGUUAAGCUGCGUGAGAUUCCCCUUAAUCCUGAUCCUAUGGUUGCGUCUUCUGAAUCUUGUCAAAUCUGCAAUCUGUUAGGCCAUCCUACUGCUAGAUGCCCCCAGGCGCUUUGUGUUAGAUGCAAGAAGAAAGGUCACACCUCUGUUAUCUGCACUUCCUUCCUUCCUUGGGAGUGCAUACCUGCGAUGUGUUCUUUCCAAGCUAAAGGGCAAGGUUUUCAUUAUAUCCAUGAUUACUUUGUUAGUAGUCAGAACAAUGAUAGGAUUGUUAAGGUCAUUAUUACCAUAGUUGAGGGGGAGAUUACCACCAAGCAGCUAGUGGAUGAGUUUGAGAAAUACAUUGGGCAGGGAUGGCGCUGCUCGGUCCAUCUGAUUGCACCAAAUCAAUAUGUGAUGCGUUUUCCAACCAGAGAGAGGUGGAUAGAGUUGUCUUUGUUGAAUACAUUACUCUCAAGUCUCUAGGAGUGGUCGUUCGUAUCACCCUGUGGUCUGAGGAUGUGGAAUCUGAGGGCUUGCUGGAAGUGGGUUGGGUAAAGAUUAGCAAGAUCCCCCCAACAAGUGCUGUGAAAAAAUGUUGCUUUUGUUCAAGGCUUAGUUGGGGUGACCCUGGACAUAGAUAUGUCUACUCUCCACCGUCCCUCCUCUGUUCGUGCUAAACUGGGAUGCCGCAAUAUCUAUAAGCUUCCCACGUCAGUUGAAGGGUGUCUGGGAGGAUGUUUUUAUCGUUUUCAGUAUGAGGUUGAGGAGAUUUUGGUGAAGAAUGUGGUCCAGGAAGAAGAACCCGUCCAGAUCCCACGCUAUGCUGGCCAAAGAGUGAUGACACCUAAGCGCAAACGGGAUGAUACGCCACCUGAUGAGAAAAAUAAGUCCUCUGAAAAGAAUGAUAACAAAAAUACCUCUUCUUAUUGUGGCGGCAAGGCCUGUUGCAUGCCGUCACCUGAUGAGAAGAAGGAAGUUCCUGAAGAAAGCAACACUUCUGAAAAAGUGAAACUAGUGGGGCUAACGGUCCGUUGCUGAUUGAGGAAAUGGCACUGGAACUUGCUGCUUCAUAUUCUCAGCAAAAUGUUUCUAUGGUGGCCCCUUCUCAGGAUGAAUGUGGUCUUGAUCCUGUUGAUCAUGAACCUAACUACGAUCAAUCUCUGAAGGUGACUACUGAUGUUACUUCACCUUCCUAUGGUUCCGUUGCUAGUACUGUUUCUAACUCUGAUCAGAUCUCUGAGGUGGUGGGAGAGGUGGAAGAAAACACGAAGACCUCCAAGGAUUACACGAUACAACUUCCUCAUCCUGAUUGCGAGGAGAUUAUUCCUACACCACCACUUUCCCUUGAGCUACAUCUUCGGUUCAGCCAACGCAACACACACCUUCAUCACAUGGAUAUGGAGGCGAGGGCCACCCAUCUAGCCAAUGUCAAAAACUUGAAAGGUCUGCAAGCUGGGGACGACAUCAAGCAACUUCGAGCGGGUGCUGAGAUGAUUCGCAACGGGGCCCUGCUGCUGAUGAGGGCCUGCGACGCGUCCAAGGGUGGAAUGUGAGGAAGUUGCACUGGGUGCUAUGUCGUUGGUCUCUUUUGGCUACUGUUCGCUGGGUGGCUUCGUAGUUGUAGCCUCUUAAACUGAAAACUGUUUAGCCAUGCUCUAUGAUGGCUUUAUUGUAAUAGGACUAGCGUUAUUCGGGUGCUGAUCAGGUUUUCGCCCCAUAGCACUUGUUUCGAUGCCGGGCGAGUGCGGUGGAUUUCCUAGCAGUGCGUUGAACUCGAUCUCCCCUUCUCCCUGCUCCUGGAUUUUGUUUCAAACUUUGUAUUUCCGUUUUAAGUAAUGGAAAGGGGGAUAGCCCGGUUCAAAAAAAAUUGGGAUG